AUGAGUCGCGACGAUCGAGCCAGAGCUUUAAGAGAGUUCGGGAAAUCCUUCAAAAAGGUGACACGCUCAAAAUCGGCAGCACCGCGGAGAAGAAAACGACGGAAAGAUCGAGAGAAAAGGAAGAAAAGGACACGAUCCGAGCCAUUGCUUUUCCCAUCGGAUAGACAAAGAUUGAGAGAUGAAGGAGCUGGGGGAAGGCAAAGGAGUUUGUCGCUAAGAGAUGAGGAACGUCCAAAGAAACAUCACGGAGAAAAAGGGGAUCGAGUGAGACACAAAAAUGGUCAUGCAACAGAGCCAAAAGCUGAGAAGAUAUCACUCGUGAAAGUUUUUGCGCAAAGGAGAGAGCAAAGAAUGUUGGCCGUUUAUGGAAUCAAUGGGAUACAGACCUCGAUUCUCGAUGUCGAAGGGCAAGCAGCUGCGAAUGCGUUUUAUCGAUCGAUUGACGCGAUGCCAAACAUGAAUGUGGCUCGGAUGAAGACCACUGUGCCGCUAGUCUCUGAAUUGACAAUGCAAACGAAGAGAGCCCAAGCCGGUCUUGCCAGCGCUGCAAAGACCACUUUUGGCAAUGAGGAAUUGAAAGCUUUGGUCUAUCGAAAAACUCUGCAAGCCGUCAUCUACCCAAUCUCGUGCACGACACCGCACAACUUUCAGACGACGAAUUUCCAGACGCCUACCUGGUGCUACGAGUGCGAGGGUUUACUGUGGGGACUCGCGCGACAAGGCCUGCGCUGCACGGAAUGUGGAGUGAAAGUACACGAGAAAUGCCGGGAAUUGUUGUCGGCGGAUUGUUUACAAAGAGCUGCCGAGAAAUCGUCAAAGCACGGCGAGGGUGAUCGAACACAAAGCUUAAUAGCCGGGAUAAAGGAUCGGAUGAAAAUUCAAGAGAGAAACAAGCCGGAACUCUUCGAAACGAUUAGACAAGUCUUCGGGGUGGACGACCGAACACAAACAGAGACGCUGAAACAAGUGAAAGCCUCAGUUUUGGAGGGAAGCAGCAAAUGGAGUGCGAAGAUUACGUUGACAGUGAUCUGUGCCCAGGGAUUGAUUGCAAAGGACAAGACUGGGAAGAGUGAUCCGUAUGUGACGGCACAGGUAGGAAAAGUGCGACGCCGAACGCGAACGAUUCAUCAAGAGUUGAACCCGGUUUGGAGCGAGAAAUUCUUCUUUGAAUGUCACAAUUCGACUGAUCGAAUCAAGAUCCGCGUUUGGGAUGAGGACAACGAUUUGAAAAGCAAAUUGAGACAGAAGCUUACGCGCGAGAGUGACGAUUUCUUGGGUCAAACGGUGAUCGAGGUGCGAACGCUGAGCGGGGAAAUGGAUGUUUGGUAUAAUUUGGAAAAGAGAACCGACAAAUCGGCUGUCUCGGGAGCGAUCCGUUUGCACAUUUCGGUGGAGAUUAAAGGAGAGGAAAAGCUGGCUCCAUAUCAUGUACAGUACACAUGUCUACACGAGCAUUUAUUCUCGUCACAUUGCACCGACAACGACGAGGUUCGGCUCCCGGAUGCGAAAGGCGAGGACGCUUGGAAGGUGUUUUUCGAGGAAAUCUCGCAGGAGGUGAUCGACGAGUUCGCGAUGCGUUACGGUAUCGAGGGGAUCUACCAGGCGAUGACCCAUUUCGCGUGCCUCUGCACCCGGUACAUGUGUGGCUCUGUGCCCGCCGUUCUCUCAACUCUUCUCGCCAACAUCAAUGCCUUCUAUGCACAUACAACAGUCACUUCCACUGUGUCAGCAUCGGAUCGUUUCUCAGCGACGAAUUUUGGAAAGGAGCGCUUCGUUCGUCUUCUCGACCAACUGCACAAUUCGCUGAAAAUCGAUUUGGCAAUGUAUCGGAGUAAUUUCCCCGCCUCUUCACCGACGAAACUCCAGGAUUUGCGGAGCACAGUCGAUUUGCUCACGUCGAUCACCUUCUUUCGCAUGAAAGUACUCGAAUUGGCUUCACCGCCGCGCGCCUCGAAUGUAGUCAAGGAGUGCGCGAAGGCGUGCAUGCAAGCCACCUACCAGAUGCUUUUCGAGCGCUGCUGUGAGAGUGGUGGGCCAUCAGUGGACUCAGUGCAAUUCUGGUAUUAUUUCAUCGACGAGUUGAUGCGAACGAUUGAAGAAGAUCAACAGGAUUAUACACCCGCGUUGAAUCAAUUCCCGCAGGAGCUCAACGUUGGUCAAUUAUCCGCGGCAACGCUGUGGUACUCGUACAAGAUGGAUCUCCAGAUUGCAUUGGAAGAACACGCCGAAAAGAAGAAAUGUCAGACGCGAGAAUACAUGAAUUUGUACUUCAAAGUGAAAGGGUUCUACUUCAAGUACAUCGCCGAUUUGCCCCAAUAUAAACAGUCGAUUCCCGAGUUCCCAGCUUGGUUCAUCCCGUUUGUGAUGGAUUGGUUGAAUGAGAACGAUGAGCACUCGAUGGACAUCCUCCGAAAUGCCUAUAAUAUGGACAAGAAAGAUCAAUUCCCACAAACGUCUGAGCACACGAAAUUCUCGAAUUCGGUCGUCGACGUGUUCUCACAGCUCAACGAGGCGUUGAAGCUCUUGAAACAGAUGGACUGCCCGAACCCGGAGGUCUACUCAGAAAUGAUGCGACGCUUCUCGAAAACCCUCAACAAGGUGCUAUUAGCGUAUGCGGAUAUGGUGCAAAAGGAUUUCUCGCAAUUCACCCAAAACGAGAAGUUGGCCUGCAUUUUGAUGAACAACGUGCAACAGCUUAGGGUUCAACUCGAGAAAAUCUAUGAAAACAUGGGCGGGAAUGAGCUCGACUCGGAGGCCAGCCAGGUGCUAACAAACUUGCAAAAGAAGCUGAACACCGUAUUGGACAAGCUGAGUCGACAGUUCGCUGUCUCGCUUGAGCGCGGAAUUGAGGAGCAGAUGAACGAGUUGAGCACUCGUUUAUCCAAAGUCAAAGGCCCACAACAGCAGAAAACCCAAGUGCAACAGGAAGUGGACAUGGUUUUGGAACCAUUGAUGGAUAUGAUGGAAGGCUCUUUACAAAGAUAUGCUCAGGGUUGCGAGAAGACUGUGCUCAAAUAUUUGCUAAAGGAACUCUGGCGAAUGACCAUCCAAGGAAUGGAGCGAAUCGUCGUUUUGCCUCCAUUGGCUGACAAAGCUGCGAUCCUUCGCCAAUUGCCAAACGCAAAAAUCGGCGGCGCGAUGAAGUUAGCGUCAAAUUUGAAAGAUAUGAAGAACAUGAAUUCAGUGAAAGAGAUGAUGGACUUGGCGAGAGACUCGGAGCGAGCGUUGAGCCCGAAACAGUGCACUGUGUUGGACGCGGCUUUGGAUAUGAUAAAGGAAUCUUUUCACGCUGGUGGGAUGGGCUUGAAGAAAUCGUUCUUCGAGAAAAGUCCAGAGUUGCAAUCGCUGAAAUAUGCGCUCUCGUUGUACACACAGACGACGGAACAACUCAUCAAAACUUUCAUCCGAUCACAGACGAAUCAAGAUCAACCCUCCCAAGAGCAACCGGUCGGCGAGAUCUCGGUGACUGUCGAUCUCUUCAGUCAUCCAGCAACUGGAGAACAAAAGCUCACGAUAAAGAUCUAUGCCGCGAACGAUCUCCGCUGGCAGACCACCUCCGUCUUCAAGCCGUUUGUUGAAGUGCAUUUGGUUGGACCCCAUUUGGCCGACAAGAAGCGUCGUGUGGCCACGAAAUCCCGACAGGGUGAAUGGGCACCCAAAUUCAACGAGACUUUCCAUUUAUUCUUGGGCAACGAGGGUGAGCCGGAGCACUACGAGUUGAUGUUCCAAGUGAAAGACUACUGUUUGAUGCGAGAGGAUCGAAUUGUUGGUGUGGGAGUGCUGCAGUUGGCGCAAGUCGUCGAAGCUGGUGGAUCGCUCAAUCAAUGGGUUCAAUUGGGAACUCGACUGCACAUUGAUGAGACUGGAUUGAUUCUGUUGAGGAUUUUGAGUCAACGCCAGAAUGAUGAGAUGGCCAAAGAGUUCGUGAAGUUGAAAUCGGAGUGUCGCUACGAGACCGAAGGCACGCUACAAGCUUCGGUCAGCUCACACAAGCUCACA